AAUCUAGUUUCCACAAGCUCAAAUCUGAAUUAAAUGGCUGAUAAACAGAUCAGUUUACCUGCCAAGCUAAUCAAUGGAGGGAUAGCCGGGCUCAUUGGAGUUACCUGUGUAUUUCCUAUUGACCUGGCAAAAACUCGCCUACAGAACCAGCAGAAUGGCCAGAGGAUGUACACCAGCAUGUCCGACUGCCUCAUUAAGACCAUCCGUUCCGAAGGUUAUUUUGGCAUGUACAGGGGGGCAGCAGUGAAUUUGACGCUAGUGACUCCAGAAAAAGCCAUCAAGCUAGCUGCUAAUGAUUUCUUCCGGCAUCAUCUCUCUAAAGAUGGGUACAAGCUCUCCCUCCUCUGCGAGGACAGAUCUGCAUGUGGAAGGAAAACGUAACAGUUAGUCAGACACUAUCUGAGCACAAAUGUGGAGGUGUGUAAGUGACUAUCUGCUCUUGAUUCCUCUGCAGCGGCUCAGAAGAAACUGAUGGCGGCACAGGCUCAGCUAAGCCCUUCCACUAGUGCUGGGGCGGCAGAGUCUGUCGUGGAGGCCCGAACGACAGCUAUGCAAAUCACAAGGGAGUUGCUUCGGAACAAAGGCAUCGCUGGACUGUAUAAGGGACUUGGGGCUACAUUACUAAGGGAUGUGCCGUUUUCCAUUGUAUAUUUCCCACUGUUUGCAAACUUGAACAACCUGGGGCAGAAGAACCCCGACGUCAAGGCCCCGUUCUACGUGUCCUUCCUCUCGGGGUGCCUGGCAGGCAGCACGGCCGCCGUCGCGGUCAACCCUUGUGACGUAAUCAAGACGAGGCUGCAGUCCUUGCAGCGGGGAAUCAAUGAGGAUACAUACUCAGGGAUCACAGACUGUGCCAGGAAAAUCUGGAAGAAGGAAGGUCCUACGGCAUUUUUCAAGGGGGCUUAUUGCAGAGCCCUGGUCAUCGCCCCACUGUUUGGUAUUGCACAAGUUGUCUAUUUCAUCGGCAUUGCUGAAUUCUUCCUAGAUAUGAUUCCAAAAUGGCGGGAUUAACCCCACACACACACCUCUACCCAUCCAGCUGGAAUUCAUCGUAGUAUUCUUUGUCAUCGUGGUGUCAGAGCAACAGCACGAAGGGUUAAAGCAGUAACAGAUGGAAAGAAUGUUGUCUCCCAACGAAGUUCUUUUUUCCUUUGGUCAGCCUGGGCCCUACCAUUACCCUAGAGAGGAUACUUAGUUAUGCAUAUCUCCUUUUUGGUUAUCAUCCUCAAA